ACGAGAGUUUCGAAGCGUUAUAGGAAAAAGGCCGCCGUGGCCGCUCUCAGGUUCCUCUCUGUCUACUGGCAAAUACGUUUAGAAAAUCCAUAUAUUUUAUAUAAAAUGUUCAAAAAGUGUAGGCAACGCAAAAGAGUGUAGCCAAUGUAGAAACUACAAUAACCUCAAUAACCUGCAGCAGAAAGUUUGCAGUGCAGUAACCUCUGCGGAGGAUGAAUCGAAUGAAGAUCUUUCUAACUUUUUUCAAAUAAACUUAAUUAAUGCACUUUGACAUACUGAAAGAUAUUUGACAAGCCUACAGCCAGACUAAUUGUCGUACAUUUCGUUGUAUCUGAGGAUUUAAUAGGAUUUAUCAAUUUGUAACCAAUAACUAAUUUGAUGCCAAACAUCAAAGAUGAGUUUAUUAAGAAUAAGCUUUAUAGGCUUCAUUAUAUCUAUUCUAAUCUCAGGUAUUGUCAUGAGCGACGAAGAGAUUGCAGUAGAACUUGUAACAGAAACAUCUGAAGAUCUCACUGAUUCCAAUUCAGAAGAACUUGCAACAAAAAUAAUAUCUGAAGAUCUUACUGUUCUUAAUCCAGAAGAAAUUAAGCAGGUUGAUACAGACGAAAAGAGUGAGUCUGUUGAAAUAAACACUGAUGUAGUGGCAAAUGUCACUGUUACUGUUUCAACGAAUACUACCAAAGUUAAUUGCUCAUCGGAAAAGAUCUAUGGCCCUGUCGAGAUGGUUAAUGCAACAAGACUCAUGGAGUUAUUGAUCUUGGAGCCUGGUCCGUCAAAUCGCUCCAGAAACGAUAAAGAUGGUAAACAUUUACCAGGAGUAUGUGUUCUAGUGUUAUUUUAUGCCAGAUGGUGUGUAUUCAGCAGCCAAGCAGCACCACACUUUAACGCCAUACCACGUUCGUUUCCACAUAUUAAAGCAGUGGCCAUCGAUGCUAUAAAACACCAAAGCUUCAAUGCUCAGUACGGGAUAGUCGGGGUACCGACAUUGAUGUUAGUCCACAACGGUAAACCUGUUGCCAAAUUCAACGACACGAUUUAUACUCUGGAAUCGUUUGCCAAGUUCGUGUCCCAUCUGACGAACUUGCAACCAAAUGGCUCGCUGUACGUUACGUCGGCGGAUUUCACGGGGCCGGUUUCGAGCAUACCGUCCAACGAAAUGGACUACUGCCUAGUACUAUCGUGGAUCUUCAUAGUUGCCUGCGUGCUAUAUUUCACAUCACGCAGUAGAUGGUGGCAACAAUUUGUUGAGCUCAUUCAGAACACCUGGCUCGAAAGUAAUGCGGAACAUGAACAUGUUGAUUAGGAAAGAUAAAUUUUAUAUGAUAAAUUAGUGAUUUAUUUAUUCAUUAAGAUUUUGUAAAGAUGUAAAUAAAAGAAAGAAAAUAAAUAGGUAAAUUAUUUAGUAGAAGAAAUUCGAAAUACUUUAAAGUUACUUUAAUUACUGUUAAAUUAAUGGGUUGCUUAAAUUACUACUAAAAAAUUGUUUUAAUUGAAAGUUACGAUAAUUAUAUGAUAUCAAAAUUAGUGCUUCUUGAUUGUUUAAUUUUCAUGAUGAAAAAUAACGAAAAUGAAGAAAAUUGGAAUAUAUGAAACUUUGAUAUCAGUAAAUAGAUGCUGUGAUUACUUAAUUUUGAUCUUUUGUGUAUCCUCAUUUUUUUAAUUUUUAUCUAUAUUUAGGCUGUUAAGAAAACUAUCUAAUUACAGUACAUCUCGAUUUUAUUUUAAAUCAGUUAUACUAUCGAAAUUCUAUCUACUAUUACAUUUCCGUUGUAGAAAUUA